UCUGCUGAUCGAGUGUGUGUGGAUCGCGCUGUGGAUUGUGGGUGUCCUGGACGCUGUUUGAGCUGGUCUCGCUGUAGCAGACAGCAGUGGACUGAACUCGGACACGUCGCCGUGCUCUCUACUGUAAGACAUCGACUGUCAUCAGUGCAUGAGCUGCUUUUCCACACUUUCAGGAGCAUCAUCAUGUCCAGUCGGGCUGGGAAGAAGAAGAUCAGCAGGUCGUCGCGCUCCUCCAGGGCUGGAGUGAUCUUCCCGGUCGGCAGGAUGCUGCGCUACAUCAAGAAGGGUCUUCCCAAAUACAGGAUUGGUGUCGGAGCUCCAGUUUACAUGGCUGCGGUUCUGGAAUACCUGACCGCUGAAAUCCUGGAGUUGGCGGGAAAUGCAGCCAGAGACAACAAGAAGGGCCGUGUGACGCCCAGACACAUCUUACUGGCCAUCGCCAAUGACGAGGAGCUUCAUCAGCUGCUGAGGGGCGUGACCAUCUCUGCCGGCGGAGUCUUGCCCAACAUCCACCCAGAGCUGCUCUCCAAGAAGAGGGGCUCGAAAGGAAAGCUGGAGGCCGUCAUCACUCCUCCGCCAACUGAGAAGAAGUCCAAGACUGCCAAAAAAGCAGUUGUCAAGAAACUGUCCACCAAAAAGUCCACACGAGUAAAGAGACGAGCUGCUGAUGCGGACGGCGGAGCAGCUGAUGGAUUCACUGUCCUCUCUUCCAAAAGUUUAUUUCUCGGACAGAAGCUGCAAGUUGUGCAAGCUGAUAUUGCCGCCAUCGAAAGUGAAGCCAUCGUUCACCCGACCAACUCCACCUUCUACAUGGGUGGUGAAGUAGGAAGUGCUCUGGAGAAGAUCGGAGGAAAGGAGUUUGGAGAGGCGGUUCUGGAGCUGCGCAAGAAGAACGGCCCUCUGGAGGUGGCAGGAGCGGCCCUGACCUCUGGAUACGGCCUUCCUGCCAAGUUUGUCAUCCACUGUAACAGUCCAGGCUGGGGCUCGGAUAAAUGUGAGGAGAUGCUGGAUAAGACGGUGAAGAACUGCCUGGCUCUCGCUGAUGAGAAGAAGCUCAAAUCCGUGGCCUUCCCUUCUAUCGGCAGCGGCAGAAACGGUUUUCCGAAGCAGACGGCCGCUCAGCUCAUUCUGAAGGCCAUCUCCAGCUACUUCGUCACAACGAUGUCCUCCUCCAUCAAGACUGUGUUCUUUGUGCUGUUUGACAGCGAGAGCAUCGGCAUCUAUGUGCAGGAGAUGGCAAAACUUGACGUCAAUUGAAGUAGAAAUUCUGUUGAUUCAAAAUUCUAUAGAGAGAUAAUUAAUUUGGGUGGGUGGAGGGGGUGAUAAAAUAUUUUUUGAUACUUUAUCAUAACAGCAGCGGUUUUUGCAUUCCAGGUGUUUGGAAGUCUUUGAUUUAUUGUUGAUUUUUAACAGCUGGUUUGUUGCAUUGAUCUGCAGCAUCAUUUUGCCUCUUGUUUGUUUCAGUGUAUCAUGUGUAUCACAAAUGUUAAUAUGCAUAAAGUGUAUAUGAAAUAAUUGAUAAUAUAUACAUAUAUGAAUGCA